AUGAAUCUCCCAUUCGCGCCUUCCCAGCGCCGCGUUGCUCUCGACUUACUAAUCUUUAAAGAACUCACCGCCGCCCUCCGCGCCUGCCGAGCGCCGUCGCCGCUCAUCCCCGCUGCGCUGCUUGCGAUCCGCCUCUUGGUGUCCCUUCAUCCGCCCUCAACCCCCCCCUCCCCCCCAUCUUCCCCUUCUUCCCCUCUUCCCUUUACCCCUCCCCCCCCCCACCCCCCUCUCCGCGCCCCUCCCCUCCCCCAUCCGCGCGCCGCGCAUCCGCGCAGCACGCCAGCGAGCAGCUGUUUGAUAGGCUAUCAGAUACCGCUGGUGGUGAUCGCGUCGGUGCUGCUGCUCGCCGCAAUCGUCGGGCUGGUGGGGCUCGCGUGCGACCACGGCGGGCUGGGCGGCCUGCACCUCCUGCUCGCCGUCGCGGGCCUCCUCGCGCUCAUCGGCUACACCAUCUUCGCGUUCGUGGUGACGACGGGCGGCGCGGCGGAGAAGAGCCGCGGGCAGACGGUGUACGCGCCGGCGACGUUUUCGUCGUGGAUGCAGCAGCAGGUGUGGAACGACGCCACGUGGAGCGCGCUGCAGACGUGCCUCAAAGACAUCCACACGUGCAGCGACCUCCGCGACUACGCGCCCGCGCAGCUGCAGGGGAAACAACUCUCCCCGCUCGAGGCGGGGUGCUGCAUGCCGCCAGAGAACUGCUUCGUGAACUCCUCGCUGCCCACCUUCUUCUCCUUUGCCUUCGAGCUCCCCUCCACUGACGCCCACCCCAUCACUGACAACGCCCCUGCCGCCGCCGCUGCUGUCCUGCGCGACCCGCGCAACUGCAGCGCGUUCAGCCUGGAGUCCAACCAGCUGUGCUACAGCUGCGAGUACUGCAAGGGCGGCGUGCUACAGCAGCUCAAAUCGGAUCUCCUUGUAGAGGCGUACUUCGGCGUGGGAGUGGCGUGCACGAUGCUGCUGGUGGCCAUGGUCAUGUGCUGCACGCAGUGGGGCAAGGGGGGGCGCAACGACGACAAGAGGCGGCUUCUGGACGACCGGGGUGUGAGCAUGAGCCGCACUGCCUGCUUCCAGGGAGGGCCGAACCUCAACCGCGUGAACACGUACCAGAGCCAGGGCGGGCCUCAGUUCAACCGGGUCAACACGUAUCAGAGCCAGGGCACGCCCGAUUUCAAUCGAGUCAACACCUACCAGAUCUAUGGUGGGGAGCCGGAUUUUCAGCGGGCAAACACUUACCAGAGUGGUCGGGAUGGGUUCAGCCGCCCGAUGUCUCAGCAGGGGAAGCGCGGUGGGGGGCAGCACCAGGGGUAUGGGAGGAUCGGCGACAUGCCAUCGCCGCGUAACAGCGAUUUCGGAAUGGACGAACCAGAUCUGGAGAGGAACAGGACCUGGAGCGCCAGCAACCCGCCUCCCGGGGAGGCCAGGACUCCGCGGGGAGGGGGAGGGCGCGGGCGAGGGAGGGGACGUGGAAGGGGACGGGCGGGAAGAGGCGGAGGGGGGAGGACACCGGAGCCUGGGGAAGGGCAUGCGCGAAGGGAGACCUGGGGGUCGGAGGGAGGUGGGAAUGUUGGGCAAGGCGGUGAGUACAUGGAAACGCCUCCGCCUGCACGUGCCCAGGAGAGGCCGCAGACCUCCCCGCAGCCGGUAGCACCGCUGCCGCCGCCACCCCAGGUUGAGGAUGUGGAGGCACAAGCGGGCGGUAACAUGGACAUAGCCGGCGCGACGGAGUGCGUGCAGUUUCUUCGCAUCCCGCUGAUCGUCGUCGGCAGCGUGCUGUGCGCCGUGGCUCUCGCCGGGUUCAUCGGCGCCGUUAACGACAUCGCAUGGCUGCUCUUCAUCUACCUCGCUGUAGUCUUCAUCGCUAUAUGGGUGCUCCUCGGAUUUACAGUGUUCGCGUUCAUCGUGACAAAUCAAGCGGUGGCGGACGCGGUGUCGAACAAGGGCGUGGGCUCGUGGAAAACGACAGAUUUCUCCAUGUGGUUACAGAAUCAAGUCACGGAGCAGUCCAAGUGGGCGCCCAUCCAGGCGUGCCUCGCGGCCGGCAACACGUGCGGCGUGCUCAGCCAGACCAACACGACUGCUUCUUCGUCGCUCACCGCCAUCCAGGCCGGUUGCUGCUACCCCCCCCAGUCCUGCCCCUCCGCACCCCUCUCUGCCACCUCGCGCGCAGACCUCCCCGCAAACACCACUGAUGCCGCCGCCGCCGCCGCUGCUCUCGCUUCCGCAGUCAACUCGACAAUUUCAACCGGCAGUUUCACAGGCGACUGCCUGGUGUACGGCAGCGAGCCGGCGAAGCUGUGCUACGGGUGCGACACGUGCAAGGCGGCGUUCCUCAAGACGCUGCGCGACCAGUGGCGCAUGGUGGCGUUUGUUCGCAGCGCCGGCGCGACAGAGUGCGUGCAGAUCAUUCGAAUCCCGCUGAUACUCGCCGGCAGCGUGCUGUUCGCCGUGGCUCUUGCCGGGUUUAUUGGCGCCGUUAACGACAUUGCAUGGCUGCUCUUCCUCUACCUCGCUGUAGUCUUCAUCGCUAUAUGGGUGCUCCUCGGAUUCACAGCGUUCGCGUUCAUCGUGACGAACCAGGCGGCGGCGGACGCGGUGUCGAACAAGGCCGUGGGUUCAUGGAAUACGACGGAUUUCUCCACGUGGCUACAGAACCAAGUCACGGAGCAGUCCAAGUGGGCGCCCAUCCAGGCGUGCCUCGCGGCGGGCAACACGUGCGGCGUGCUCAGCCAGACAAACACGAUUGCGUCCUCAGCGCUCUCCCCUAUCCAGGCCGGUUGCUGCUAUCCCCCCCAGUCCUGCCCCUCCGCGUCCCUCACCGCCACCUCGCGCGCAGCCUUCCCGACCAACACCUCGGCCGCUAAUGCCACCGCAGCCACCGCCGCCGCGCUUGCUUCCACAGUCAACUCCACGAUCUCAACUGGCAGUUUCACCGGCGACUGCCUGGUGUACGGCAGCGAGCCCACGAAGCUGUGCUACGGGUGCGACACGUGCAAGGCUGCUUUCCUCAAGAUGUUGCGCGAUCAGUGGCGCAUUGUGGCGUUUGUAUGCCUGGGCGUGUCGCUGCUGCUGCUCGUUAUCUACAUUGUUGGCUGCUGCGCCUACCGCAGCGCCAAUCAGCGUGAAGGUUUUCUUGGGAAGGUUUAA